ACGUGCUCAGCCAAGCAAAGAGCAACAUCCCCCCCCCUUUUUUUUUUUUUUUUUCUAUUGGACAAGAGGAGAUUUCUAUAAUCGUAAAGGAUGCUGCUGAUCCUGGUGCUGAUGCUGCUGUAAGGCGCGCGCACUCAGAGCUCCUCCUCUAUCGUUGGCGAGUGGUCACAUUUUUCUCUCUCUGCUCAAUGAGACCAAGAGGGCACCGGAGAGGAUUUCCUAAACUCAACGUGCAGCCCAGCCGCGUGCCUAUUUUUUUUCCCUGUCGCCUUUAUUAAAGUGGAGCCUAAUAUGAUGACAUCAUUUGGUAAACUGGAUCCUGUACAGCACUGGAAACCUUCUCAUCUUAUUUGAAUCUGAGCGCAAUACAAUGUUUUGCUUCCCAACGUUCCAAGCAACCUGUUAAGAACAAGGACACUGAGAGCUGCACCAACAUGGCUUCAGAUCAGCCUGACAUGGACUCCCCGGAGAAGUGGUCUACAGAAGAUCCAGGCUGUAAGCAGCUGGGCCGAAGGUAUAUGCGGAAAAAGCUCCGACCUGUGCGGGUUUUGGGGUUGGUCUUCAGCCUGUUGGCUUUAAGUGCCGUCUCCAUCAGUGCCUUGAGCAGAAGUUCAGAUGGGCUCAACAAGCCGUUGUUCCCCCAGGUGGCUCUUCAGGAGUCGGCCCCGCACAGGACCCUACUUUUCACACCACAGCAGGGGGAUCAAAAUGUGUCCGUUGACAUGCCCAUAGCCAUGAAAUCCACAGCUGACAAUGAAACACAGGGGGAGUACCCGCGGGACCUUUUUACGCGUGAAGAGAGGCGCAAUGGAGCAGUGGUCCUCCACAUGUUUGGCAUGAUCUACAUGUUCAUUGCCUUAGCCAUCGUGUGCGAUGAGUUCUUUGUUCCAGCGUUGACGGUGAUCACAGAGAAGCUCUCCAUCUCAGACGAUGUGGCAGGUGCCACCUUCAUGGCAGCAGGCGGUUCAGCACCAGAGCUCUUCACCUCCAUCAUUGGAGUCUUCAUCUCGCACAGCAAUGUGGGCAUCGGCACCAUCGUAGGCUCAGCAGUCUUUAACAUCCUUUUUGUCAUAGGGAUGUGCGCCAUCUUCUCUAAAGAGAUUCUUAAUCUGACAUGGUGGCCUCUUUUCCGAGAUGUUUCUUUCUAUAUCCUGGAUCUGAUCAUGCUCAUCAUUUUCUUUUUGGAUAAUGUCAUCUCCAUCUGGGAAAGUAUCACGCUGCUCUCCGCCUAUGCCGCCUAUGUAGUGUUCAUGAAGUUCAACAGCACAGUCGAGGGCUUUGUCAAGGGUUGCAUGCACAAGAACCAAGUGGUGGAAGUGGAGGUACAGCCAAAGGAUGAGAAGUUGAGCCCCGGGGCACCAGACGAAGAUGGCAAGUUGUCGGCCAGGCCUCGUCUGCAAAGGGGAGGUAGCUCUGCCUCUCUGCACAACAGUUUGAUGAGGAACAGUAUUUUCCAACUGAUGAUUCACACACUUGACCCUUUAAGUGAAGAAUUUGCUGACUCUGAGCUUGGGACUUAUGGGAAACUAAAAUAUUAUCACUCAAUGACUGAGGAAGGUAAAUUUCGUGAAAAGGCAUCUAUCCUUCACAAGAUUGCUAAAAAGAAAUGCCAAGUGGAGGACAGCGAGAAGGCCAAUGGUGUGGCAAGCCGUGCAGAAAAGAACCUUCCGAACAGCUCCAGUGUGGAAGUAGAGGUGACCCCACCGAUGAACGGAACAGCGGGGCAAGAGGGGGAGACGGCUGAAGAUGAAGAAGAGGAGGACCAGCCUCUGAGCCUGUCCUGGCCCGAAUCCAGCCGCAAACGCUUCACCUACCUCCUCAUCAUGCCGAUUGUCCUCCCCCUGUGGCUAACUCUCCCUGACGUCAGGAAAACGUCGUCAAAGAAGUUCUUCCCUGUUACAUUCUUGGGGGCCAUCUGCUGGAUUGCAGGGUUCUCCUAUCUGAUGGUGUGGUGGGCUCACCAGGUUGGUGACACCAUCGGGAUUACAGAGGAGAUUAUGGGUCUGACCAUAUUAGCAGCUGGAACUUCUAUCCCUGACCUCAUCACCAGUGUUAUUGUUGCACGUAAGGGGCUGGGUGAUAUGGCAGUGUCCAGCUCUGUGGGCUCCAACAUCUUUGACAUUACUGUCGGAUUGCCAUUUCCCUGGCUAAUGUGGUCCAUGUUCCGUGGCUUCUCAACAGUGAAGGUCAGCUCCAACGGCCUCUUCUGCGCCAUCGUGCUCCUCUUCCUAAUGCUCCUCUUCGUUAUAAUCUCCAUCGCUGCGUGCAAGUGGCGCAUGAGCAAGCUUUUGGGUGUCAUCAUGUUUAUGCUGUACUUAGUCUUCCUGGUAGUCAGCGUCAUGCUGGAGAACAAGGUGAUCAACUGCCCUGUGACGAUCUGAGAGACCUGCUGAGGAGCUGUCCUCUCCUCAGCAAACUCGCUACCAUCCAACAACCAUCCACAUAGUCUGCUGUCGAUCUCACCUAACCCUCAUGACCCUUUCCACCACAAGAACCAUACAUGAGAAUAAGAGAAAACGGGGAGAAACAUCUGUGAAUAUUUUUGACCCAAAACACUUUUUUGGAUGUUCUUUUUAAUGGGGGUUGCAAGCCAAAUAAACGGUAUUAUGCAUGCAAUUAGUUUCACUGGAGGAAGAGGAGUAAAGACGUUGCUAGACUGGAUUAAAUAGCAAUGCUUUGAACAGCGAAAAUGCCAUGACUUGAGUGCCCACUGCAAACAGAUUUGAACGGACAAGCUCGCUCAGCAGACUGAAAUGAAUGUCAGAUGCAGAUGUAUUUGUAUACAAGGACAUGGCAGACUCUUCGGAUGAGUGUUUCGCUCCAAACCCGAUGGUAUUGAGACGAGACUCGUGUUUGAGAUUUCUCCAAACAAACUUUUCCUCCUUUUUUUUCUCCUGCGAAUCCAUCUGUGCUCAGUCUUUAUGACACGUUUCAGCCUCAUCCUGUCCUGCCAAUUGCUGUCAACACAUUUCCAUGGAGCAUUUUUUUUGUUUUUAUUUUGGCUCAAUAAAAGUAGCAGUAGAUUAACAAUAACAGUAUUAUUCAGUGUGAAGCCAUUUUAACUGUGUGCUUCUUUUAUUUUCCUUGCUCUGAUUGUACAGAAUCUUCCAUGCUUCACAUGUACCAUUGAAAAAAAAAAAAAGAAAAGGGCAAAAACUAAAAGCCUAAGGUUUAGCCACUAGCCUCCAAUAUAUCACUCUGUUUGGAAGAAAUGCAUGAGUACAUAGACUCAAUAAGGAUACAUAACUAAAUCCAUGUUAGAAGUACCACACUGGAAACAUCCUUACCAUGUUUAAGCAUCAUGGUUGGUAUAGAUUAGUAAAUGUGUAGUGCUUUGUUCAUCAUAAAUCUAGCCUCACAUCUCCUAGUCAAGCUGUUUAAAGUACAAUUAACAAGGUAUAGGCUGCAUGAAAAAAAAAACUUCAAAGCUAGAAAAUAACCAACAUUUAAACAGUUGUAUAAAAAACUUUUUUUGCUUUUUUUUCAAAUACUUCUUGAAAAAAAAUCAAGGCUCAAUCUCUGUGUAUUGCCGAUAACCAUCAAGGUGUCUAUCAAACCAUUUCCUCUCUAAUCAAAGGUGCUUUUGUGUGCAUGUGUUCAAAUUUGCAGUCGGAGUCACCUCACAGAAAGUUAAUCACUUAUAGAGACGUGUUCCAUAUAUACGCACACAACACAUCUCUUAAAGCUACGUAGAAUGUGGAAAAAUCACAGACUUUAUAGCAAUAUACCACAUGUUGUCUUUGAGAGAAUAAACGCUCCCUGCAUGUUUAGCUGAUUAGGGAUUUUCUCAUCAGACUCCAUAAUUGAAAAUAAAUAACUAAGUAGUUAUUUGAUUUAAUUUUCAGUUUAAGGUGUGAGAUAUGUAAUUUGAAUGAGCAGAAUUUUUAAGUUGGUUUUAGUUUAUUUUUAUACUGAAAAAAUUACAGAUAAAAGAAAAAAAACGUUGACAUUUUCUCCUACUUUUAGCUUAAGUCAGUCAAGUAGGUGCACCAUGUAUUUUUUUUUGUGUUUGUAUCUUUGGCCGAACUUUAUAAAUACUUUUUAUAUUUUGUAUGUUCAAACUAGAAUCAAAUAACUCCUCUUUUUUUUGUUCUUUAAUGCUGGUUUUCCGAUGAGAAUGUCUGAUUAUUAGAACAUGCAUGGACCUUAAUCCCCUCCAUUCGUCUGUCCAUUUUUGUCUCCCUUCCCCACAGGAGAUAAAGUGGAUGACUAGUUCUCCUCCUUCCCAUUUAGAGCUGGCAUAAAACACCCCCUUUUUACCUCAGCACAGCCUUUGUACAGCCACGCCGUAGGGGUUAACUGUAAAAUAAUAGUAUAUAUAGAUUCUCUGAACGUGUGAAGAAACAUGCAUGUAAGGAACUCAGGCUGGUUACCCCAGCGGAGCUUAAGACCGGUUGUGUGGUAAAUUUUAUGCAUUGUGGAGAAACAUCAAGAAAGAAAAGGCUUCUUUUUUUGUAAAUACAAACUUUUUAUUUCUUUUUUUUGCAAAAAGGAAGUUGCACAUCUGCAUUUAACUCACUACUUUUAAGUUGAUGUUCUGAAAGAUACUAGGUAUGUUGCAGGGAACCCUUUAAUAGCACCACUGAGUGAAAACAUGCAUUUUCAAACACCUGAUUAGCACAAAAAAACUUUAAAGAUUUCUUUUAUGGUUCUGUUAAGUAAAGGAGGGCUUUAAAUUCCACAUUUUCGCCACUUAUUCCUUUUAUUUAUACUGACACUAUUUUUUUUUUUCUCUGCACGUGCGCAAAAAAAAAAAAGUCAUAACAAAAACCUUCAUAAAAGGCUUUGUGUUACCAUUCCCAUUCUCUUAAGAAUCAACUCGGAAGAGUAGAUUUAUGGCCUCAGAAGUGACUCAUGAGCACAUUUUUCAUGGAACCAUUCCCUUGUUGCCCACACACAUUAUUUACACCAAGCUCACUUCAGAUUUAGUUGUUUUUUUCCUCACUCUUUCAGGAAUCAUCAUAUUUUUCUGUGCUCUUUCUGAGACUUUAUGCAGAGUAGAAUAGGGUAUUCUUGGCAGGAAAAAAUGAAAAUGGUCAGGGGAAUGAAUCAAACGGCCAUAUUAAUCUGCGAUUGUGCUCACUUUAACUCUGAAAUUAAGUCUCUGUUUUCAAAUAAAAUGAAAAAUGAAUGUGGAUAUUGCCCCAAAUAUCUCACUAUGACCUGUUCUAAUGAGACAUUUGAAUGUAACAACAGGUAAGGAUUUCCAAAGUAUGUCAAGAUGAUUUUCACAUUAUUUUUUUAGAGAAUAAAGAGAAAAAUGAACUAUCAGAGGAGUUUAGCACAUGAGCAUCUUUUGUGGUUCACAAGGGUAAUCGACCGUGAAAGUUAGCUACUAACGAGCAUUCUUGCACUUGUAAAAUGUUUUAUUUUCUUGGUGUUAAUCUAAGAUUUAUUUAACAUGUACAUAUUCUGUAAACAAAAGCAAAUUAUCCAUAUAAUCUAUAUGUGUACAAGGAAUAUGUCUCUUUAUGUAAAAAACACAAAGUAUAAUAUAAUGAUAACAAAUAAAGAUGCUAAUUCAAA